AGAAACUCCUAUCAAAAGCAAACUUAUUGAUCCUACUUCACCAUUUUUCUUGCAUCCCUCCGACACUCCCGGCGCUUCUCUUAGUAGUGUUCAUUUGAAAGGUGAUAUAAAUUAUCGUGAAUGGGAGAGUUCGAUGAAGAAUGCGUUGCGGGCCAAACGCAAACUUGGGUUCAUUGAUGGAACUCAGACACUGUCUCCAGCGGCUGCGCCUCAUGACGUUGAUGCUUGGAUCAGUGUAAAUUCAAUGGUUCAAGGUUGGAUCAUGACGUCCCUUGAUGCUUCUAUUCGCUCUACUGUGUCGUUUAUGGACACGACUCGAGCUUUGUGGUUGGAUGUUAAAGGUCGUUUCUCGGUGAGUGAUGGUGUUUGCUUAUAUCAACUCAAGGAGCAAAUUCGGAAUACUCGUCAACAAGGCUCGUUCGUUACGGUCUAUUAUGGCCGUCUUCGAGGAUUGUGGGAUGAACUUGAUGGUCAUCUCAUUAUUCCUAAAUGUAUUUGUCAAAAGUGUACGUGUGAUCUUGAGAAAAAUUUCUGGGCACAACGUGAGAUAGAGAAAGUUCAUGAAUUUCUUCUUGGCUUGGACGAGGCUGUUUUUGGCACGGUACGUUCUCAGAUUUUGGGUGCCAGUCCUACCCCGUCCUUGGCUUUCACGUAUAAUCGGAUUGUUGGGGAGGAACACCAUCAUCAUGUGUCUCGUGAUCAUGAUGCCCGCAGUGAAAUUGCUAGCUUCGGGAUGACUAUGUCGCCACCAUCUCCGGCUACUGCUGCCGCGGUUCACAAAUCCAGUGGGAACCGUGCUCUACCUACCGGCGACCAACGGGGGUCUUUUCCAGGGGGCCGUUUUUGCACUCACUGCUCGCGAUCGGGUCAUGAGAUCGAGACUUGUUUUCUUCUUCACGGCUUCCCGGACACAUGGAAUAAACCAAAAGGUCGCGGAGGUGGAAGUAGUGGGGGCCGUGGACGCGGAGGUGGAAGUCGUGGCGGCCGCGGCAACAACCGACCUCCUGCUAUUGCUGCCGCUGGACAGACUAUUGCGAGUGAAGGACCAGAGUCCGGGUCUUCCACUUCUUCUUUUCCCAAUAUGUCCGCCGAGCAAUGGAGUCAACUCUCUACUUUUCUUGCUCAAUUUAAAAAUAAUGGUGACACUUUGAGUGCUUCUAGAACGCCAUCUUCUACACAAAGUGAUACUCCCCAUCCUGCCAUUUUUGAUCCCCUUCCCGAGUUGUUGCCCGACCAACAGGAACUGUGCACAGAACCUGUUCUCUCGCCGCCAGUUCCUACUGUCUCUUCUCCAGAUUCCGUUCUUCCAUCAGUGGCGACCCCGGACAGUGCUCCUACUCAGCCCCCUGUGUCGGCCCAACCUUCUGCCAUGGACCAGGGACGCCCUCAGCGCACUCGCCGUACUCCGGCAUGGCAUACGGACUAUGUUUGCACCAAUACAGUUUCGCACAUAGACUCACCCUCCUCCACUGUCACCCCUUCCAAAUCCUCAGAUACACCCUAUCCUAUUCAUAAGUUUGUCACUUGUAGUGCUUUUUCUGCUUCGCAUCAAACUUUUACAGCUGCUCUUGAUAAUGAAUGCGAGCCUACUGGAUAUCGAAAGGCCCUUCAAGACCCUCGAUGGUACAAGGGCUUUGUUGGUGCUAUAGAUGCUUCCCCGGUUCCCACUUCUUAUAGAGAAGCCGUCAGUUUUUCAUUGUCUUACGUGGUUAAAAUCCCAACAUUGUAAACGUUGCAUUUUUUGUCCAUUGCGAUUAUUUUUUAAAAUUAUAGUAGUGCAUUUAUGCAGUGACAUAAAAUGAAAAUUAAUACUACCU